AUGAAUUGGACAGGAGGGCGCCUGCAAAGGCAUUCUGGAAAAUCUUCUCGUGGCGGCGGCGGUGGUGCCUUGACCAAGCGGCAAAAGGAACACUUCGCAAAGGUGAAGGCCAACUUAAGAACUGAAUGUCAAAGAAAUAUUACUACUCAAUGGACAAUCUUCGACAAUAUCGUAGUGGAACAACCACACAGACGAUCGUUUGGAAAUCGUGUUGGUUCUGUGAACAAUUCUGAGUAUAGUGCAAGACAGGAAAGAGGUAGAAAUGAAGUUGAGCGAGAACAUUUUACGGAUCUCUACAAACACAACGAUCUCACAUCAAAUCCACUGUGCAAAGAGCUUCAAUAUAAGCAGAAAAACAAUCGUUCUUCGUCAGUUGGAUUCGUCCAAAGAAGUUCCAUUGCCGACGACGAUUUAUACAACGCUACACCUCCACCAUUGAGAAUCAAGCGCGAGCAUGCUGUAUUAUCAGAGCUUAGAGAUGCUCCGCAGAACUACGAGGCGCGAGAAACAAUAGAACAAUCUAUGGAAGAAAGGAGACGGAAUCUAUUGAAUCAGAAAGAUUGGGUCGGUCUAAACAUUCAUCAUUUGCCGAAAUUGAAGUUCAACCAACCAAGACACGAUGAAGAUAUUGGGCGAAGAAGAAAGGUAAAGGGUGGACACAGAGCAAGAUGCUCAAAGCUUCAAGCAAGAAUCAGCUCGCCGUUUGCCGUAAGGAACAAUCGUAUGCGGGAGCAACAAGAAGCGGGUUACGUGGAAGGAAGCCUGCCGAAAAAUGACGUUAGGAUUUCGAUCGGAGGCAGGAUUGUUCCGCCAGGCAUAAGUUCGAGUUCCCGGCCGACUAAAUUAAUCCGCCAAUCUACACCGCGCAUGAAGUAUCGGAUUUUGUCAUCGGAUGAUAUGUUGCUUGACGAUGAGUAUAUCAUGGAGGACCAGGAAGAUUUGAAUAGUGACAGAUUUCUUUCUAUUUUCGAAGCAAGAAUACAUGGCAUUGGAGAGGACAAUGAUUCGACGAGGAUAAUUCCAUUGAGCAGAGACCCGGAUGUUCGCGGUACACAUAGAAACCAAGAGAAGCUUCCAGAUACGAGACGUGAACCGCUCUUUAACAUAGUCAACAGAAAUGGAAUUUCAAAUGAGUUUGGGGGUAAAGCAUCACCAUUUUCUCGCACAGCCGUCAGAUCAAUUUGCGAUACUAGGAUGAAACAACCAGUGCCCAUUCGUCCUGCACAGCAUCCUGUUCUCCACUUAAGCUCGCCUAAAUGUAACAGUAGUGUGCUUGCACAGGUCGGGGGCUUGAGAAGUGUGGUUUCUGAAGAUCAAUUGAUGGACAAUGAGAUGUGGAAAGCAUGGAUACCACCAUACACAGAGGGCGCAGAGCAAAAUUAUUAUGAUGAUGAAGGGGAAGGAGAAGAACAUCUGAACGAUAGGAGUGUGUUGAUAAGCCCGGGAAUAAGUGCCAUUCCAGCCUUACGUGAGAAAACCUUCAGGAGCUCACGGUCCAAUGAUGAGGAUUCAAGUGGAAAAUAUGAGCAUACUGAGUCCUGGGGAGGCUGUGAAAGCUCGAUGAUACAGGAGCAGUCUAUUACCGUAUAUAACAGAGAUUUAUUUCCUUCGGAUGAAGUCGAAAAUAUCUCAUACAACGGUAUGCCGCACAGCUCAGAUGUCUAUGAUCACCCAUUGUCGUCUGAUAGAUGUGAGCUUGGAAAUGAGAAAGAGGGACCAUCAACAAGCGUACAAUAUACAAAUGAGGACGAUUUCACGAUCGAACCACAAGACACUCGAUCAUCACAGAGAACAUCUUCAAGUAUUCCAUGGAAUCCUCCUAGGAGCUCAAGUCCUUGUAAAGCCAGAAAUUCUCACAGUAAGUUUCUCAAUGAUCCUUGGUCCGAAGCUCUCCCUUUUCAGCAGACGCCUAUCACCAGCAGACAAACCACUGAACUUAAGGAAACCGCACCACAGCACGAUCAAAUCAUUAUGCAGGAUCAAACUUUCGGCAAAGUAAAAGAUUGUCCGACGCAAGGUAUUCAAGAGAAAACAGACCCAAACGAACUCUGGAUGAAGUUUGUUUUUGAUGAUGUCAGUGAAGAGGAGAACACACUGGUGGGAAAUACUACAUCCACAGGAUUUGAGCUCGAGGAGAGGGAACCCUCGCCAACAUUUUCAACCUUUGUGCACAAUUCAAUCGAGUCAGAAAGUCCAUUGCAACCUAGAUAUGUUGCGCAAGCGAGUAGUCGUAUCAAUUGGCAAGAUACACAGCAGAGAAACAGCAAAGUGUAUAGGAACGAAUUUGGCCAGUCCCCCAAUUACUCAACGUUAGCUUAUCAGUCCAGUGUCAACCACGACCCUAUCGGAGCGGCUGCCCGAAAUAAGAGUACUCCAUAUCCGUACGAAGAAAAACGUCAUGUGGCUAGAGGAGAUUUAUCUACAGACAAUCUCACUUCUGAAGUAAACUUAAAAAACUCCAGCAUCCCAAACACCAGUACUUCCUCAUCUUCAAAGACAGACUCGCUUUCUGUGAUGGCUGUCUCAGGUUCCCAGAUCAAUACAUCAUCAACAACGACUCUAGGUUCUUUCCUAGAACCACAUCACAAAGUUAUUUUCACAAAACCUCAGCCAUUUAUUGGAUCGAAAUCAGAUAUUAACUUCUCAUCUCCUGAUAGAACUAUGCGCAUCGGCGGAAGAGAUAUCAAAAAACAGAUAAGCAGUGGUAAUGGUACAAUGUUUCCCGAAGAGAUAGAGGAUGAUUAA